CUGAGGACUGAAAGGAGAGGACUGUGAGAGCAAAACAUAAUGGCUGAGAGCCCAAAGCCUGGAGACCAGAUUGAGAUUUAUCGAUUGGGUUACCAACACUGGGCUAUCUACGUAGGCGAUGGAUAUGUGGUCCACCUGACUGCUGCAGAUGAGGGUGUGGAAAGUUUUCUCUGUAGUUGCCCGACUCCCUACACAAAAAUGGGAGUGGUGAAGAAAGAAAAGCUUUCAGAAGUGGCUGGGAAAAACAAGUGGAAGGUCAACAACAAGAAGGACAGAAAAUAUAAAGCCAGGCCUGUAAGCGAAAUAAUUAGCACUGCAAAUGGAUAUGUUGGGGGAAAGAUAAUGUACGAUGUGGUCGUGCACAACUGUGAACAUUUUGCUGCCAUACUACGAUAUGGCCAACGUGACAGUAGACAGGUGGAAGUCGGUUUCUGGGUGACAUUCGCUGCUACUGUAGCUGUGGCCAUGGGUGCAAGCUUGGUAGCAGCUGCAAUCAUUGGUAAACACCAUUAGUCAGUGUUCAAUAUAUGAAGAGACGUGUGAACAAUCUAAAAGACUGUUGGAGGAGAAUCCUAGGCUGGCUUCUAAGAAGAUCCCAUUUUAAAAGAACAACAGUUAUUGAAUAAAAAUAAAAACAUCAAAUCAAUCAAGAGUUAGGUUUUCUGUCUUUAUCCAUUGCUCUGAAUUUUGGAGGAUGGCUCUGUUUCAGUUUGUGCAUUGUUUUGUAAAGUGCAGAUUAGUUAAGAAUUUGAAUGUGAAUUGAAUCAAAUUUCUCCCUCCUGCCUCUAGAUGUGGUAGAGGACACUGAUCAACGUUGAAGUAAGGUUCAACUUACUUGAAGUCUGGUCAACUUCUGUACUUGGAAUGGAGGAUGCCACCAUCUUGUUUCAGGCCACCCUUGACACGUACAACGUUUCGCUGCAGGCCUCGGUUGUUAAAAAUCAAUACGUGCCUGUAUAAAGAAUUCCACAACAGUG